AUGAUGCGUCCACCGACAGGCUCCCGCGGUUAUGCAUCUGGAACAGGCAAUGCACCACGUGUUGAGAACCGCCCGCUCACUCAACAUGGGCUUGGAGGAAUGAAGAACCCUCGCACUUCCCAUGGUGUCCGACAAGUACAAGACAGAAACUAUUGGCUUGGGCUCAUCGGCGCAAAAGUGAGCGAGGUUCACAGUGAGAUCCAGAACCUACACGUCGAAAUGGGAGAACAAGAAGAAGCUGCAGAAUCGUACAUUACUUACAAGACGAUGGCGAGUCAAACUGCUGCUGAACUUGCUGAGCUCCAGGGAAAGCUCCAAGACGCAAACACAGUGCUUGAAAAACACAACCAAGGACAAGAAGUAAAAGACAUUGAACUUGAGAUCGAAGACUUUGACGAACAAGCCGAGAAAGAUCAAGAAAUCUUGAGUGCCUUAUUCAACGAGCGUCAGAGUCGAGAAAAUCGCCUUCGUGAGAUGGAAGCCGAGAUUGAAAAGUACAUGAGCCAGACACAGCAAAUGUUUCAGGACAUGAAUGAGACAGAGCGUGAAACCUUUCUGAAGCAGCAAAAGGUGUACGGUAAACUGACCGACGGAAUUCAGGAGAUCGAGAACGAAAUAGAGGGGACAAGGAAUGAAAUAGCGCGCCUUGAAAAUGAUCUCUCGCAUGAUCCCCGAAGAAAAGAGCUGAUUACGCUGUACACAGAAUAUGCUCAUUUGAAGUCGCGUCGCAACGAGCAGGAGCGGGAAGAGCUCGCUCAGAUGACUCCUGAGCAAGAACGAGAAAAGCUUAUUCGCCAGACGAAGCAGGACAAUCAACAAUUGGUGCUCAUGGAGAAGCAGCUGAGCCAGGCUGACGAUAGAAUCAAUCGGCUUACAGAUGAACUGCAAAAUCUAGAGAACGAUCUUGACGAGAGCUCACUCCAGCGUAUGAAAGGUCUGCGCAAAACAGAAGAGAAAUUCAAACACUUCAUGAGCGAGUUUCCUCAAUUGAAAGAAGCCGAACUAGCGCGAAUCGGCGAAACAGAAGCAAUCAUUCAGGAUCAUCUCAAUCAAACUGCAGCUAUUCAAAAGGCAACUGAAACGAUUCCCGGCAAAGCAUCAGGCUUCAAAGACAUCCAAAGUACGCUCAAAUUCAAAGAAAAGGAGCUGAUGAACAACGAAGGAACGGUCGUCAACUUAGACAACGACCACCGAGUGCUCCAAAGUCAGCUAACGAAGGUCGAAAAGCUCGAGACUAAAUUACUCGCCGAGAAAGAGCGUCUUUAUGAUGAGAUCCAAGCUCUCGAAGUUGAUAUAAAGGAGUUCAGUGACAUAGACGGUCUGAGCGAGCGUGAGCGGGAGAAGGAAACAGAGCUUGAGAAGCUCAGAAGCCAGCUUACCGAUGAGAUUUUGGAAAUCAAGCAGGACAAUGAGCGCCUCUACGACGAAAUCAACAUUUACAAAGAGCAGCUAAAGAACAACGACGAGCAAGUGCUUCUUGAGAACCUCGAGCGCCGAUGGGUUAACAGUCAGCAAAAUAACUUCGCCUCCAAAGAGUUCAUCGCCGGUCGUGUCAUUGAUUGUGCUGGUCUUCAAUCUCGCUGCCGUCAACAUUUGAGAGAGUACAACCAAAUCAUUUUGGAACGACUCAAGAACACCCCAGCUCAACCUUUUUGA